AUGUCUUCUACCGUUCCCAUCUCUGGUGCCGCCAAUGUCACAGCGCCUACCCCCCAAAAUACGCCGUUGAACCAGGCGCCUAUCGCACUGGGUCUUUCGAGGCCGACGGUCCCAGACAUCACGGAGGACAACGAGGGCGAAGCUGCUGAGGAUGAGGGACCGUCUCUGGCUGGUCUCGAACAGCACAUGCUUGGAAUGGUGCAAGGAAAGCUCGCUGAUCUGCUUGGAAAGAGCUCGGGAUAUAUCGAGAGCCUGCCAGUGGAGAUCAAGUUGAAUGUUGAGGCACUCAAGGGAGUCCAGGUCAAGCAAAAUGAGCUGCACAACCAAUACAAGAAGGAGUGCCUGGAGUUGGAGAAGAAGUACUUGGAGCUCCAGAAACCCCUCUACGAACGCCGCAGUGCAAUCAUUGCCGGUAAAGCUGCUGCUACCACCGAGGAGAUCGAGGCCGGGGAAGAAGCUUCCGUAAAAGAAGAUGAAGACUACGCUCCCCUGCCCAAGGAUGUCAAACCUUCGCCUUCCGGUAUUCCUGAGUUCUGGCUCACUGCUCUCAGGAACCAUGUUGGCCUGAGUGAUAUGAUCACCGAUCGCGAUGCCGAUGCUCUCAAGCACCUCGUUGAUGUGCGUUUGGAAUACCUCAAAGAAGGCGAUGAAGCCCCCAAGGAGACAUUAGGCAAGCCCGGCUUCAAGAUCAUCUUCGAAUUCGAAAAGAACGAUUACUUUACAAAUGAGGUUCUUGAAAAGACUUAUCUCUACCAGGAAGAGGUCGGAUACUCGGGCGAUUUCGUUUACGAUCGUGCCCUCGGAACCAACAUCAAGUGGAAGGAGGACAAGGAUCUGACGAAGGAGUUCGAGAUCAAGAAACAGAGAAAUAAGAACACAAACCGAACCCGUCUAGUCCGCAAAGCUCGCCCCACUGAAUCCUUCUUCAACUUCUUCUCGCCGCCCGUUCCUCCCACAGAAGAGGCUAUCGAAAAUGGGGACUACGAAGACGACGAACUGCAGGAACUUGAGGAGAAACUCGAGGAGGAUUACCAGAUCGGUGAAGAUCUGAAGGAGAAGAUUAUUCCUCGUGCCAUCGACUACUUCACUGGAAAAGCCCUCGAGUAUGAAAUCAUGGAUGACGAGGACGAGGAUGACUAUGAGGACUCAGAAGACGGUGAUGACGAUGACGAUGAGAACCGAUACGAAGAUGACUCUGACUCAGACAACGAUGUCCCGGGUCGUCGGCGUGCGCCGCAGAAAGGCCGUGGUGGUGCCGCUGGAGGUGACAAGGUGAACCCAGAGGAAUGCAAGAACCAGUAA